AAUCUCUUAUUUAUAAACCUGCCGGGACUUGACUGUCGCGAUGUACAACACGGUGUGGGAUAUGGACCGCGAUGACACGGACUGGAGGGAAGUGAUGAUGCCCUAUUCCACUGAGCUGAUAUUUUACAUUGAGAUGGACCCUCCAGCUCUUCCUCCAAAGCCCCCCAAACCAAUGACUCCAGUCAAUACGAACGGAAUAAAGGACAAUUCCAGUUUCUCUCUGCAGGAAGCGGAGUGGUACUGGGGGGACAUCUCAAGGGAAGAAGUAAAUGACAAAUUACGAGACAUGCCAGAUGGAACGUUCCUGGUGCGUGAUGCGUCAACCAAGAUGCAAGGAGACUACACUCUGACAUUACGGAAGGGUGGCAACAAUAAACUGAUAAAGAUCUAUCAUCGAGAUGGAAAAUAUGGCUUUUCUGAUCCGCUGACGUUUAAUUCAGUUGUGGAACUGAUUAACCACUACCGCAAUGAGUCUCUUGCUCAGUAUAACCCAAAGCUGGAUGUGAAGUUGAUGUAUCCAGUGUCCCGGUACCAGCAGGAUCAAUUGGUGAAAGAAGAUAAUAUAGAUGCAGUAGGUAAAAAGCUUCAAGAAUACCAUGCUCAGUAUCAGGAAAAAAGUAAAGAAUACGACAAACUAUAUGAAGAAUAUACCAGAACAUCACAGGAAAUUCAGAUGAAGAGGACCGCAAUUGAAGCGUUUAAUGAAACUAUUAAGAUAUUUGAGGAGCAGUGCCACUCGCAAGAGCGGUACAGCAAAGAGUACAUCGAGCGGUUUCGCAGGGAGGGGAACGACAAAGAAAUUGAACGGAUAAUGAUGAACUAUGAAAAAUUAAAAUCACGCCUGGGUGAGAUCCAUGAUAGUAAAACACGCCUGGAACAAGAUUUGAAGAAACAAGCUCUGGACAACAGGGAGACUGAUAAGAAAAUGAAUAGUAUCAAGCCUGACCUAAUUCAGCUCCGCAAAAUCAGAGAUCAGUAUCUUGUAUGGCUCAAUCACAAGGGGGUGAGACAGAAGCGAAUAAAUGACUGGCUGGGCAUCAAAAAUGAAAAUAUUGAUGACGCAUACUUUGUGAAUGAAGAAGAUGAAAACCUGCCACAUCAUGACGAGAAAACUUGGUUUGUUGGGGAUCUCAACCGUAUCCAAGCAGAAGACUUGCUCUGUGGGAAACCCGACGGAGCAUUUUUAAUUCGAGAGAGUAGCAAGAAAGGAUGUUAUGCUUGUUCUGUGGUAGCUGAUGGAGAAGUGAAACACUGUGUGAUCUACAGCACUCCAAGAGGUUACGGGUUUGCAGAACCGUAUAACCUGUACAGCACACUCAAGGAUUUGGUUCUUCAUUACCAGCAGACAUCCCUUGUCCAGCACAAUGAUUCCCUAAAUGUCAGGCUUGCCUAUCCUGUCUACGCACAGAUGCCCCCCUCUCUCUGCAGAUAAAUUUUGGGGAGGAGGAAAGUGUUGGCUAUCUUGGAUUCUUUUCUACAGUUUUUAUUAGAACUUGGAGGGCAUUCUUUCUCCUUAGACUGCUUGUUUUGCACAAGAAGUGAUUCUGUGAAUGUGAAUCAAAAAGAGGCCUAGCAGCAACAAGAUGACAACUUGGGUGUAGGUGUCCUGGUGCUACCUUAAAAGCUCAGCUGUGCUUUUACACUGAUAUUUUUGUUUCCUUAUGAGGGGAAUAAACUCAGCGCAAUGCAUACAAAAAUACUGGAAGCAAAACAUCGUUUUAUGGAAGUAGUUUUUUGCCAGGCACCUUCAGUGGAACUUCUAAUUGGAUUUUGUUUUCUCUUCUUCUUGUAGAGACAAUUUGAAGCCUCUGUUUGAGGCAGCAGUAAUGUCUUUCAGUCUUAAGCUCCCAAGAAACUGGGAGGGAAAAACUCUACCACAGCAAUUCUUCUCUGUUAAUUUUAGCAGCUUCACUGCGAUUCAGCCGAACUUCCAAAAGAGGGCUUGUCUUGAGGUAGCAUGGAAUUUGGUGAGAGAAGACCAAAGGAAUUACGAGAAAGCUUCAGCUUUUUAUUUAAAUGGAAAAAAGCUUGUAAAGAAAAGUUGCUUUAUUUUUUUGCCAACAGUAACAAAGUUUUGGUUUCAAUGGCACUACAGGUCUUCACUUAAAGGAAAUGUUUAUAACCAAAUUGAACACACCAAAACUUUGUUCGUUGCUAGAUUGAGCACUUACAGGGAAGGUUGCAUUAGCAUCCGCACGUACUUUCUACACCAAAACUUGAAACAAAUAAAAGGAAAA